CUCUGCCCACCAGAAGCUCUGUGCUGCCGUAUGAGAUCUCCGUUUCCCUCUCCCACGCGCUCUCACAGACACCUGCCGCUCCCGGCGUCGGAAAGGAUUUGAGAAAACCAGUUUGAUCUGUCAUACAAGACCCUGAUUCGGCAAAUAUUUAAGCUGAAACAUUCCUGAUGAAGACCUUGAAUUCUGAGAAGAUUUAAAAACAGGAAGUUUGGGGAUCAACCAUGGAUCAUAAGGCUGAGGAGAAGAGAAAGCAGCACCAUAGCUGGACUUUAUUGGAACAAGUAAAGAGAAUGAAGGAAUCAACAGAGAUAAUUGAUGUUGUCCUAGUCGCAGAAGGUGAGAAAUUCCCCUGCCAUAAGGUGGUGCUGGCUGCCUUCAGUCCCUAUUUCAAAGCCAUGUUUACCUGUGGCUUGGUUGAAUGCACACAAAGAGAAGUGGUACUGUAUGACAUCUCUGCAGAGAGCGUGUCGGUAAUACUCGAUUACAUGUACAGUGCAGAUUUGCACCUCACUAAUCAGAACGUGCAGACUGUUGCGCUUGCUGCGUAUUUCAUGCAGAUGGAAGAUGUUUUCAGUAUAUGUCAGAACUACAUGAUGGACCAUAUGGAUGCUUCCAACUGUGUGGGCAUCUACUACUUUGCAAAUCACAUUGGUGCAGAAGAGUUAUCUGAUCAAGCGAGGAAAUACUUAUAUCAACAUUUUGCUGAGGUGAGCUUACAGGAAGAAAUAUUAGAGAUUGAAUUCCAGCAGCUGUUGACUCUCAUAAAAUCAGAUGAUCUGAAUAUUUCCAGGGAGGAGAGCAUUCUGGACCUUGUCAUUAGGUGGGUCAAGCACAGCAGAAAGUCACGUGAAGAACAUCUUAUUGAGCUCCUGAAGCAAGUGCGACUGGUACUUGUCAGCCCUUCCUUUCUCGUGGAAGCCCGGAAAAGGAACACAAUGAUCCUGUGCAAUUCAGAAUGCAAUGAUAUGUUUGAGGAAGCACUGAAAACCAUCAAGCUAUCCAGCCACCCUUCUCUCAGCCUGCGAUACGGCAUGGAGACUACUGAUCUCUUACUCUGCAUCGGCAACAAUUCUCUCGGCAUUAGGUCAAGACACGGUAGCUAUGCAGAUGCCAGUUUUUGUUACGCUCCUGCAACACAAAAGACUUACUUCAUUUCCUCUCCAAAGUAUGGAGAGGGCUUAGGAUCUGUUUGCACUGGUGUUGUCACUGAAAAUAAUGAUAUUAUUGUGGCAGGAGAGGCAAGUGCCAUCAAGAUGUCUAGACAAAAGACUAGGAACAUCGAAAUUUAUAGAUACCACCAGCAAGGAAACCAGUUUUGGCACAGCCUGUGCACCACUCAGCUCCGUGAACUCUAUGCACUGGGCACUAUCCAUAACGAUCUCUAUGUAAUAGGAGGGCAAAUGAAAGUGAAAAAUCAGUAUCUGGUCACAAACUGUGUGGAGAAGUAUUCCAUGGAGCAAGGCACCUGGAGAAGCACGGCACCUCUUCCAGUACCAUUAGCUUGCCAUGUGGUGGUGACAGUGAAGAAUAAGCUCUACGUGCUGGGUGGAUGGACACCACAGAUGGAUCUGCCUGACGAUGAGCCGGAUCGAUUAAGUAACAGAACGUUUCGGUAUGACCCAGGCCAAGACAAAUGGACAGAAGGCGCGCCAAUGAAGUACUCCAAAUACCGCUUCAGCACAGCUGUAGUCAACAGUGAGAUUUAUGUCUUGGGAGGAAUUGGGUGCCUUGGUCGUGACAGGGGACAGACACGGAAAUGUCUUGAUGCAGUGGAGAUUUAUAACCCUGACGGAGACUUUUGGAGGGAUGGACCUCCUAUGCCUUCUCCCCUCCUCUCCUUACGAACAAACUCUACCAGCGCAGGCUCUGUGGAAGGGAAGCUCUACCUCUGUGGAGGAUUUCGUGGAGCAGCUCGUCACGAAGUUAUCACCAAAGAGAUCCUCGAGCUGGAUACGUGGGAGAACCAGUGGAACGUGGUGGCCAUCAACGUCCUCAUGCACGACAGCUAUGAUGUUUGCCUUGUCGCUAGGCUGAACCCGCGGGAUCUUAUCCCUCCUCCCCCCGAUUUAGUGGACCAAUAGAAGUUCAGUGACUCUCAGUGCUUCCAGAUUCUGCAAAAACUGAAGAAUUUGGAGAAGCAAAUGCUGCAUUGGCUCUGGAUGACAGCUGAGUCCCAUGGAAAGGAGCUGGCAACACAUGCUUAAGGACAGAAUUGCCUUUGAGCUGCGCUUCUCAGACGAUGCUUAAUUUGCUAGUACUGGUACUCUGGACUUCUGUGAUUGAAAGCUGAGGUCGCCCAGCCUUUGUGUGUGGCUCUGGUCUUCCAUCUGCCUGUGCAAGCUCCAGCAUUGGGUAUAGCCUGGGCUUCUGAGACCCUUUGCCUCCAGGCACAGUGGCAGCCCAGGGCUCACUUCACAGCAGAGCAUGACAUAUGAAGGAAAGCUCUAGCCAGGGAAAUCCCUCCUUUGCUGUUCAUCCCACCUGGUUCUGCUAAGCUACCGCGGAGGCUAAGAAAUGUAUUAAGUCAGCUGAUGAUAACCAGUCCAGCUGUACGAAAGGGCCAGACUGUACUUGACUGAUGCAGGAGCAGAAGGACGACAGAGAAGAGCCUUUGUUUGUUUUAAACAAAAAAACAUUAGCCAAGGUUCAUUAGCCAAGUACACCAGCUACUGCAAACAUUAUCUAACCCACAGACAGGAGAAUCAAGAGACCCUGUCUUUGCCAACAGAGCUGAGCCUGUGCUAGUAGAAAACUAGUCUUUUGGCAACAAGUCCCAAGUGAGUCUUCCAGCAGGGUUAGUAGGCAGCCUGUACCAAAGACAAGAAGAAUCCUAAAUUCUCCCAUCGAUCCUACCUGUUACAAUGUCUGGUGUGACCAGAACCUUGAAGUUCAGUUAGAAAACCCUCUUCCUUUGAGAGAUGGAGAAGGGGUUGUAAACCAAAAAGUAAUAAAUGAGACCAGUAUUAUCUACAUAUCAGCUUUGCUGCUACAGGGAAAGGAUAGAUGUGCUAAACAAGAAAUGUUUAUAUAAUAGUAGCUGUUUUUAUAGAAGUAGCUUUAAUGAAGUAGCAUAAGGUAAAUUCUCUACCAACAGAAUGGGCUAUAAUCACAGGGAAGAGGAAUAAUUCAAACAGUGUUUCUUAAGGCACUGUUAGCCUUUAUAGGGCUUGAAGACAGUAGGUUAGAGAGAAAAUUGUUACCAGUACUGCUAUCCCAUUUGAAUUACCAAUAACUAUUCGUUAGUUCUCUGGUGCCUACCUUAGAGUGUAUCUGUCUGUCACUGCCUGGGCAGUAUGGACAAGAGAACUGGAAAUCUCAGUUGUGCUCUUGGGCCAAAAUUGCAAAUGAUAGUAUGCUGCAAUGCAGAGUGAAGGUCAGAGGCAAACACUAAGAGUAAACUAUGAUAUAGUACAAGAAUGAUCAUUGUCAGCAAGAAGUUGCUUUUGAUGGCUACAAAAGCAGCAACAAAACUGAAAGGAAAUAAUUGGCAAAGAAAUGAUGGAAUCCAUCAGGUAGUUCAUCUGUAGUUACUUGCAGGACUUGCGCUUCAGAGCAUCUCCAUUUUCUUUUUCAAUUGCAUUUUAGGCUGCAAAAAUGCCAGCUGGUUUUGUUUGGUUUUUUUUUUUUUUUUUUUUUUGUCUGCAAUGCUUAUGGCAGAGAGAGAUGGAGAGGGUGACCCAAAAGCCCUUUCCCAAUUCUGACUUUUCAGAUUCAUGAACUCUACAAUAUCCAGUGGGAAUAGUAAGCUGUCAUAUAAAAACAAUUAGCAGGAAGGUCACUAAAGUUUACCUGAUAACUGUAGUAGAACACUGAGGACUGCUCAGACAAUAAGGGAGUUGGUGGGGGAGAAACUAAGGAAAACAUGUAGAAAAGCAGUAAAUCUAUGAGCCUUACAGCUAACCUCUUGUCUCCCUUUAUGUUUCCCAAGCAGAAUGAGUGUCACAGCCUAAACACAUACUGUUGUGUUUGUAACAUUUCUGUAUCAUCCAGUCAUUCUUUUUUCUUUCCAUUGUUUGUAUGUAGGUCAUCAUCUGUCUAGAACAGAGCAUGAACUUCAGUGGUACAAAUCAGUGACCAGUUCCUAAGGGCAUCUUAACCACUCUGGUUGCUAAAUGCAGUUGUAGGUAUUAGAUCAGGGAGGCAAACUCUGCUUUAAUAUGUUUUUAAACAGAAUCAGUAGAAAGUUCUUCCAAUUAACCAUCCAAUAUUGGAAACUCUUUUUUUUUAACUUUUGUUGUUACUGCAAAGUAAAGUUAAUCUUGUUCUAAUUUCUCUACAGAGCUCUCAAGGCAGCUGGAAGCAAUGCUCUUGAGCAUCAGUUAAGUGUUUCCUUGUGAAAUUCCAAAUUCUGCAACUGUAUCUACUGAUUUUGCUUCUUUCACCUUUUUUGUUUUAAGGAAGAAUGUUUUCCAGUUUUUUUUGUCUUUGGUCUCUGCUCUGUGGUCUAUCCCUGACAAUUCAAAUCCUCCUGCAGUUUAAAGCCUGAGUUAAUCUACUGGAUUUCACUCUCUGAAAGACAGUCUACUUGGAAUAUUUCAAGGGGAGAAGGGAGACUUUUGCAGGCUUUCAUUAGUCAUAUUCGAACAUAUAUGUGGAACACAGCUGAGACUCCUCUAUUAAACUUUUAUUCCAGUAGUGAGCUGGCUGUUUCUUUCCCACUUCAUAUGUUUUGCUUUUUAGACUGAUAUUUAAUGAGCUGGAUGAAAGGAAAGUAUGUACUCUGAGAAGGUCUGUCUUGAUAACCAAGGGGAGUAAUUGCAUAUGUUUUAUAUACUGGCCUUGCAAUCAGCUAGCUUGAGCUGUAGUGGGCAGUUAACAGGUUUUUCUUCAUGCGCCACUGGCAAGUGAUCUGCCCUUGCGUGCACCGAGCAUCACGUUUCCUGCUGCCCAUGGGGUCUGACUGUUAGUGGGGACUUGUGUGUCUGUGUCUAUCAGUUUCUGCCCAAGUCCAGAUGUCCAGCACUAUAUACCAAGUAAGGAAUUGCUGUCUUCUGGAUUAACUAUCUAGAAUGAGGGCACUAACUAAUUAAUAUUGUGUGGGCCCAAAGUAGUUCACGGUUUGCCCUUGGGGCGACUACAAUUUCUAAUCCAAUACUUGGAAAUGAAAGUUUGACCAAGGAAGGAAGGAAGAAGCAGAAAGCAUGCUUAUUGAGAGGUACAGAUCUCAGCCAAAAUCCUUCUGAGAGUAUAUGAAUACUGCAUGUCUGAUACAUCCAUGGGUAGUCUCACAUUGCUGGGAAAGUCCUUUAAGAGUCUUAAUUUCUGCUAUUACAAAUCCUGAUGAAAAAAAAAAAAAUUACAGAA